CCCGUUUAUAUACUUCGAUACCCCGGAUAUUUCUACCCAUGGCUUCCACUUUAGACUCAAUGCGGACCACUAGGACAUACAAAGAUGCAAUUACGCUCUUGAACAGCUUGCAGUCAAAUUUUGCUGCUAUAGAAGCCGCCAAAUCUCUGAGCAUUUCACCAGCAAAACGCAGCGAGCUCUCUAUCAAUGAAGUACGUGAGUACAUUAGAAGAUUGGGAUACCAGCCAAAAGAUUUCAACAAGUUGAACAUCAUUCAUGUCACUGGCACUAAAGGUAAGGGCUCGACGUGUGCAUUUACCGAGUCAAUCUUGUCGCAGUACAAGAAAUCUGGCCAUAUAAACAAAAUCGGGCUUUUUACAUCCCCUCACUUAAAAUCAGUAAGGGAAAGAAUCCGCCUUAAUGGCGCCCCAAUAACGGAGUCCAAGUUCACAAAAUACUUUUACGAGGUUUGGGACAUGCUCUCUACUACCACCAGCGACCCAGAAGAGUUUCCUACAUUGCAGCCAUGCGAUACUGUUAAACCCAUGUACUUCAAGUACUUGACUGUGUUGUCGUUCCACGUAUUCAUUUCUGAAGGAGUCGAUACAGCGAUUUACGAAGUUGGAGUGGGUGGGAAGUUUGACUCCACAAAUAUAAUUGAUAAACCUACAGUCGCAGCCAUCACAUCGUUGGGCAUUGACCACACUCACAUGCUUGGAAAUACCAUCGAAUCUAUUGCUUGGAACAAAGCAGGGAUUUUCAAGUCUAAUUGUCCUGCUAUAGCCAGUGAGCAAAAUGAAUACCCCGAGUCUCUGAAGGUUGUUGAGAAAGUCGCACGUGAAAAUGGGGUCUCAAGUUUUGAGAUCGUAUCAGCUAACUUGAUACCAAGAGACCUCGAGUUGGGAUUGGCUGGGGAAUUUCAAAAGUUGAAUGCAGCGGUUGCUGUUAAAGCAGCUCAGAUUCACCUCCAACAUCUCGGAGUUAAUGAUGUGAAUAUCAACGACCUUCCCGACGAGUUCAUAGUUGGUCUUGAAACCGCUCGCUGGGAUGGUAGAUGCCAGAUAGUGAAAGACUUCAAAGAAUACGAGGGAAUCACGUGGUACAUUGAUGGUGCUCACACACUCGAGUCUAUAAACGUUGCUUGCAAUUGGUAUGGGACCACUUCAUCCAGCAUAGGAAAUCCGAAGGUGCUUCUUUUUAACCAACAAAGUCGUGAGAACGCCAAGGAUUUAUUGGAAAGGUUGUAUGAUGUGAUCGUGAAAUCAUCCGAUUCGAAAUUUGAUCAUGUGAUUUUCACAACAAAUAUUACUUGGUCUGAUGGUAGCUACAACAAUGAUUUGGUAUCCAUGAACAACUCGAAAGAUGAUGUCGAUAAAUUGGUCAUCCAAAAAGAAUUAGCAAGCAAAUGGGAUUGCCUAGAUAAGCAGCACGGGUUAUCGGCAAGGAAACAUAUCUUUCCGGAUAUAGAGACAUCGCUUAAAUUCAUCAAGAGCGUAUGUGCCGAUGGAAAAGAAGCUCAAGUGUUUGUCUGCGGCUCUUUACAUUUAGUCGGAGGUUUUCUCACAGUAUUAGAGGGCAAAAAAGAAUAAUUAUUCAGGGUAUCUGAUUUUGUCAAUGAUGCAUUUUUGAUGUAUAAUUCAAUGCCCGUGCAAGCCAUAGUCACGAUCUAUAGCUAAUAAGAAAUAUGCCUUGUAUUAAGAGUUUGGCCUCAUAUUAACACUGUUUACUUAAGUUCGACUGAAGGAUACAAUCCUUUUUAUUAGUGUUUAAUUCAC